AUGCGUCGGGAACUGAUGCAUUUAACACAGUUCUCAGGUCCUCCUGUGUUCCAAACGCCUGUUGCUUCUCGUACCCAGUUGCGUUGGCAUCUAGCGAACAGCUCAAACCCCGUUGUUGACACCGGCUGCACGGAUGUCCGCCAUCACAGCGUUCUUUUCGAGCAUGGCACUUUUGGCAAGCCUUUACUGCCCGAGUCUGUGGAGGCUUUCUCUCAGGGUGAUAAUUUCGAACAUGACGCCGUAACAGGUCGCUGGUCUACAGUUAGCUUUAAAGGCAGAUGUUCAGGGGCUCCGGUCAUGGGACAUUCCUCCGGGCUAAAGUACUCUCACAGUAAGGACACGAGAGGCGUUCUCCUUCAUUAUGACGCGCAAUAUGCCUCUUCAAGUGUUCUCUUCGCUGAUAUGCUGCACCACAACCUGGAUGGUCACAUCGAAAGAUAUUAUGAGACUUAG